GAAUCCUGCGACACAAGUUUCCGCUGCGGUGCACGUUCAUCGCUCACACUUAGCGCUCUACUUGUAGUUUUGUUUUAGAGAAUAAAGCGAUCGUCUUUGUAAAUAUAUAAUAACUUCUUGCAUUUUACUGAAGCAGGAAGCACCGACAGACCGCCAAGAUGCCGCGAAUUAUGAUCAAAGGAGGCGUCUGGCGCAACACGGAGGAUGAGAUCCUCAAGGCAGCGGUGAUGAAAUAUGGGAAGAACCAGUGGUCUCGUAUCGCCUCACUGCUGCACCGAAAGUCUGCCAAACAGUGUAAAGCUCGAUGGUACGAGUGGUUGGAUCCCAGCAUCAAGAAGACAGAAUGGUCCAGAGAAGAGGAGGAGAAGCUGCUUCACUUGGCCAAGUUGAUGCCAACUCAGUGGAGAACCAUCGCUCCCAUCAUCGGACGGACUGCUGCCCAGUGUCUGGAGCACUACGAAUACCUGCUAGACAAAGCAGCACAAAGAGACAAUGAAGAGGAGGUGGGAGACGACCCCAGGAAGUUAAAACCAGGAGAAAUCGACCCCAAUCCUGAAACUAAACCUGCCAGACCCGACCCAGUGGACAUGGACGAAGACGAGCUGGAGAUGCUGUCUGAGGCCAGGGCUCGUCUGGCCAACACCCAGGGCAAGAAAGCCAAGAGGAAGGCCAGAGAGAAGCAGCUGGAGGAAGCCAGGCGGCUGGCUGCUCUGCAGAAACGCAGAGAGCUGAGAGCGGCAGGAAUCGAUGUGCAGAAGAAGAGGAAGAAGAAGAGAGGAGUGGACUACAACGCUGAAAUCCCCUUCGAAAAGAAACCUGCACCGGGUUUCUAUGACACCAGCAUGGAGCAGUACGACGCUCUGGAGCCAAACUUCAAACGACUCCGUCAGCAGCACCUGGAUGGAGAACUACGCAAUGAGCGCGAGGAGAGAGACAGGAAGAAAGACAAGCAGAAGAUCAAGAAGAAGAAAGAAAGCGACCUGCCGUCUGCCAUCCUGCAGACCAGCGGAGUGGCCGAGUUCACCAAAAAGCGCUCCAAGCUGGUCUUACCUGCACCUCAGAUCAGUGACGCUGAGUUGGAGGAAGUCGUCAAACUGGGUGUCGCCAGCGAGGUCGCCCGUCAGGCGGCUGAGGAGAGUGAAAGUGGAAACUCGGCCUCCUCCACCCUCCUGUCAGAGUACAGCGUCACCAACACCAUGACGACGGGACUACGAACCCCACGGACCCCCGCAGCUCAGGACCGCAUACUGCAGGAAGCCCAGAACCUGAUGGCUCUGACCAACAUCGACACGCCUCUGAAAGGAGGCCUGAACACACCGCUGCACGAGAGCGACUUCAGCGGAGUGACGCCUCAGCGGCAGCAGAUCCAGACACCCAACACCGUCCUCAGCACACCGUUCAGAACUCCUGGACCCGGUCAGGGCUCAGAGGGGAUGACGCCUCAGGCCGGAGGGGCGAUGACCCCACGAGGGACCACGACCCCCGGUUUGACCCCCGGUCGCACACCGCUGAGAGACAAACUGAACAUCAACAGCGAGGAGCAGCUGACCGACCCAGCGUACGCUAAACACGUGCAAAGAGAAAGUCUGCAGCAGCUGAGGCAGGGCCUGAUGUCACUUCCUGUUCCUAAGAACGACUUUGAGAUCGUUCUUCCGGAGAACGCAGAGAAAGAACUUGAAGAAACGGAGACGGAGACGGGAUUUGUAGAGGACUCGGCCGACAUCGAGGCUCGCAAGCAGGCUCAGCGGGACGCAGAAAGAGAGAAGGAGUUGAAGCUGAGACACACCGCUGUUCAGAGGAGUUUACCCAGACCUACUGAGGUGAAUGAGUCGGUGCUGCGUCCGGCCUCCAUGGAGCCGUUGUCCGACCUGCAGCUGGCCGAGGAGCUCAUCAAGCAGGAGAUGAUCACGAUGCUGCACCACGACUGUCUGCACCAUCCCUCGUCCAACUCGGCUAAUCAGCCACAGCGAGGCAAGAACAGAGGCCCCGCCUCCACAUCCAACAACGCGUCGCACAUCGCCUACCUGGAGACACACACCUACAAGCCGGUCAGCACCGAGGACAUGGAGCAGGCAAAGGCUUUGCUGGCAUUAGAGAUGGAGGUGGUGAAGGCAGGAAUGGGCCACGGUGACCUGAGCAUGGAGGCUUACAGCCAGGUGUGGGAGGAGUGUUACGGACAGGUGUUGUAUCUACCUGGUCAGAACAGGUACACCAGAGCAAACCUGGCGUCAAAGAAAGAUCGAAUCGAGAGCCUGGAGAAGAAACUGGAGGUGAAUCGAGGUCACAUGACGGCUGAAGCUCGACGAGCAGCAAAGCUGGAGAAGAAGCUGAAGAUCCUGCUGGGAGGGUUUCAGUCCAGAGCUCUGGGACUCCUGAAGCAGCACAAUGAGCUCUGGGAACAGGUGGAGCAGGCGGCCACAGAGCUGCAGACCUUCAACCAACUCAAGAAACAGGAAGACACGGCGAUUCCCCGCAGACAAGAGGCUCUGCGGGAGGAUGUGGAGAGGCAGAUGGAGCGAGAGAGGGAGCUCCAGCAGAGAUAUGGAGAGCUGCUGAUGGAGAGAGAAACGCUGAUCAACAGCGCUCAGAAAUACUAACGACAUGCUAACAACACGUUUAUUCAUUCAUUCAAACGCCCGGCAGAAAAACAAACAUUUCUGUUUUCGUGUGAACCUUUCAUCACAGCAGAUGUUAAAAAAGUGGUUUUAAAUCCCCCUGAUUCUUCCACAGAUUAAGCCCCGCCUCCUCAGUCUGAGCAUGCUCAGUCGUCCCUUGUGUUUCUGUAUUAGUGACCAAUAAAGUUUCUUUUAAACAAAAAAUCCAAUCAGGUCUAGAAGCUCCUCUGUAAUAAAUACAAACAAUGUCUUACUGGAAACUUCUUUAUAGAAAAGAAAAACUACAUAUUUACACAAAAAAAAAAGUUUGGUGGAUCCUCAGCAGGCGAGAAAACUCAUCCCAGUCCUCCCAUAAGCCGUCUGAGGAAGAUAAAAGAAAAGUUUAGCAGCGAUUCAGACAACAGUAAAUUAGAAUUGUUUGGAUUUUUUUAAGUCUACAUCAGGUUCAAGAUUUUUUAUUUAGGCACAAAAUGCAAAACAAUUCCAGCUCUGAAAUAAGAAAAUUUACAACAUUAUUGAGCAGAAAAAAUAAGAACAAAAAUUCUUAUAAUUCAAGACUUCAGUUGGUAUUUUCUUGAGGUUAAAGCAUGUUUUUAAACAAAAAAACUCUUCAUAGAGCUGCAUGAUUAUUCAAAUAUUACUCCUGAUUUUAAAACGCGCCACUUGGAAAACUUAUUUCACUCUUUUAGCACUAAUUCUUUGUCUUGCACUUGUUUGUGACGAUGGAGACUAGAAGCUUCUCUGACCACAGACAAGCAGAUGUUCAACCAGUAAAAGACAAAUGAAAUAAAUCUGACAAUUCGACGCCUUUUUCUAAACAAAUGUGUAAUGUGUUUAAAAUGACUCAAAGACUGUCCAAAAGAACAAAAACUUGUCCACAACUACUUCAAAUUUGCCCAGAUUGUUUUGAAACUUGGACUAAACGACUCAAAAUUCGUCUAAAAUGACAAAGUCAGAUUAGGCUAUUCUGACUCCUUCUUUGACUGUUCAAAGUUAUUCUUGAUCUCUGAGCACAGAUGACUAGCGGCUUCUACUGGAGCUGCAUGGGAGGCAUUCAGGGAACAUAUGGAAAUUGUAGUUGUAGUAAAUUCAGAAUGAGGUCGACUAAUAAUGUUUUGUCCUUCAUCUGAAUAUAAGAGUAACUACAGUGAUUAGUAACUUAUCUGGGGUCAAUGAUAUCCUUAAAAAUAAAAGAUGUAACAUACACUUGUUUUCAGGUUAAAGUCCUGUAAGUUCACUUGAUUGAUCAGUUACUGUACUGAGUGUGUACGUGUACUUACUGUGUGUCUGUAGUUGUACCUCCUGAUGGCCUCUCUGAUGUGACUGGGCUGAAUGGCUCCACUGGGAGGUUCUACUGCAGCCGGACAGCUCUGAGUACACGACACAGUAUUAAAAACAUCAGAAUACAAAAACAAUUCAAACGUGUGAAGCAAUGAACCAUCUCCAUCUCUUCAUCUACAGAUACAUUAUGCAGAAAACACAAAAUGUAAUAAAUAAAGCAAAAUAACACACA